AUGCCCUCCUUCCUUGCUCUCGUCGACCCCCUAGACUCUACUCUAACCACUCGCAUUAUGGAUUCAAAACGCAAAAUACUUCAUAGUAAUCUUGUCACCGUCUUUAUCUCUGGUCUCAUUCGACUUUGGGAACGUUUGAAUGUCAGGUACUCAAUUGGCUGCUGCGCACGACGCGACAAGCACCUUGGUACAGAAUCUCAAGAGAACUUUUUUGCGCCUCGUGUGAGAGCGGGUGAGACCUUGUGGGAGAGCGAGAUUUUAACGGACUUCGGCGUGUGUUUGAGAUGUGCGGCUGGCAAAGGCGUCCGUAUGCUCGGUAUUUUUGUACAACUUCACCUUCGCAGGGGCAACUGCGACGGUGACCAUGGCCAUACCGUCCUUGGGAGUGGAGUGGGGUGUGGAUGCACCUGCCAACUCCAGUGA